AAUCAGGAAGAACUCGAAAUCUCCGAAGAAAUCGCGACCUUCCAAGCUGACGAUUUCUUCAGCUUCGAAGUUCCAGAAGGAAAAUUUCAGUUGGUCUAUGAUUACACAUUUUUGUGCGCUUUGCCACCAACCCUUCGCCAAGAAUGGAGUAAAAGGAUGUCUGAAAUUAUUUCCGCGGGUGGAAUUUUGAUUGCACUGAUGUUUCCAAUUAGCGACCACACAGACGGACCACCAUAUGCCCUUAGCGAAAGCAU